AUGGAGUGGCUCGGGAGGGCAAAGAUUGAGUUUACUCAUUCGCCAAAUCCAAGGACGAUCAAGGAAAAGGACGGCAAUGAGACGGACCUCCUCAAGAUCUGCGAAUCAAACACGCCGCCAUGCCAGCUAAAUCCGCUGUUAUUCAACGGCCACAUACAGACAAUCUGGACGGCAACGAAGCCGCAUGGACCACUGGUGUACUACAAGCGCAAAAUCUUCCAGGCCGAACAUGAGGCCUAUGACGGAUCCUUUGCUGUCGAUUUUGUCGUAGAGCCUCACGAUGGUCGAGAUGAGGGCCUGCCGCCACGUACUGUCCAUUACUCGGAAGAAGAGUUCGCCACUAUCGGCUCAGACGAUGCGAAGCCUAUGCUGGUGGUGCUGCAUGGCCUUUCGGGUGGCUCUCACGAGGUUUACCUGAGGCACACGAUUGCUCCUCUACCCGAACAGGGCUGGGAGAUUUGCGUGGUGAAUUCUCGAGGCUGCGCGGGCAGCAAAAUCACGAGUGGCAUCUUGUAUAAUGCACGAGCAACGUGGGACAUCAGACAGACGGUCAAGUGGCUUCGGAAGACAUUUCCAAAUCGCCCACUGUUCGGUAUUGGUUUCUCUCUCGGUGCUAAUAUUAUAACCAAUUAUUGCGGUGAAGAGGGAUCGGAUUGCCUUUUCAAGGCUGCUAUCGCCUGCUCAAACCCAUUCAGUCUAGAUAUUGCGAGCAAGACGAUGACAAGCACCUUUAUUGGAAAAGAGGUCUACAGCAGAGUAAUGGGCACUGCCAUGAAAUCCCUGAUUGAGAGGCACAAAAAAGAGCUCAAGCAGCACACCAACUUGGAUCUCGCUGCUAUUGCAAACGUUACUUAUUUAUAUGAGUUUGAUCGGCAAAUUCAAUGUCCCACAUGGGGAUACCCAACCGAGACUGCUUACUACCGUGAUGCAUCUUCGUCAGACGCAAUCCUCUCAAUCAAGAUACCAUUCUUGGCGAUUUCAGCAAUAGAUGACCCAAUUGCUGUCAAAGAAGCCAUCCCAUUCGAGGAAUUCCGUCAGAACCCCAACACAAUUCUGCUCACCACAUCUCUGGGCGGCCAUUUGUGCUGGUUUGAACCCGGAGGAUCCCGUUGGCACCCCCGGCCGGUGUGCAAUUUCCUUAACCACAUGGCAUACAAGGUUGAUCUCGAUAGCGUCGUGCCAAUGGAUUAUCCCGCUAGAUCGCAAGCGUUUCCGGGCUCUGAUUAUGACCCAAUGAGACGUAAAAUGAACAUUGUGCGGAGUUAG